AUGGCAGGCGGCAUCAUCCAACUUCUGUUUGGCCUUACGCUAUUGCUUACAACAUGUCGAGCGGUGGUCAUAGAGAAAUACUUUAACAUGACAUGGGUGAUGGCCAAUCCCGACGGAAUGCAGGAAAGAAAAGUGAUUGGUGUCAACAACACAUGGCCACUACCUGUUCUGGAGGUCAACAAGGGCGACCGACUCAUCGUUCACGUCUACAACGGUCUUGGAGACAAAUCAACGAGUAUCCAUUGGCACGGAUUGUUCCAAAACUCUACAAAUGAAAUGGACGGACCCUCCAUGCAAACCCAAUGCCCAAUUGUUCCUGGUGCAUCUUUCACAUACGACUUUACGGUCGACCAAAGUGGCACUUAUUGGUAUCACUGCCAUACCGACCUUUGUUACCCAGAUGGCUACCGACAAAUGCUCCUCGUACAUGAUGAUGAUGCCUGGUUCGCGGAUCAGUACAAGGAAGAGUUUGCGGUCACUGUCAGCGACUGGUAUCACAACAUGGUCGAAGAUAUCACUUUCCUCGACCUCUCUAAUCCUACGGGAGCUGAGCCAAUUCCACAGAACUUUCUAUUCAACGAUUCUAUUGCGAACACCAAACUCUCAGUCGAGCCCAACUCUACUUACUUGCUGAGAAUCGUCAAUACCGGUGCAUUCGUCGCCCAGUACUUCUAUAUUGAGGAUCACAACUUCACAAUCGUUGAAGUGGACGGCGUCUUCACUGAGCCUCAGGAGGCUUCGUUGUUGUACGUUGCAGUGGCGCAGCGCUACUCUAUUCUUUUCACGACGAAACCUUCGACUGCUCGCAACUAUGGCCUUGUCACCAUUGCGGAUCAGGUGCUGCUAGAUGGAGUCCCGGACACAUUGAGUCUCAACCAGACCAAUUGGCUCCAGUACAACCCCUCGGCUGCUUUCGACACGGUCAAUGUGACUCUCAACAUUGUGGACGAGAAUCCCGCUUUUGAUGACUAUUCCCUUGUUCCAUACGACAAGGAGCCUCUGUUCGAGAACCCUACCAAGGUCAUCAAUCUGACCGUCUCCAUGGGCAUUCUCGAGAAUGGCAAGCCAUACGCUNUUUUCAAUGACCAAACUUACACUCGUCCCAAGGUCCCCAGUCUCUACACUGCCCUUACAGCUGGUGACGAAGCAACCAACGAGGCUGUAUAUGGCGAAUAUACAAAUGCCUUUGUUCUUGACCACCUCGACGUGGUCGAGGUAGUCCUCACCAACAACGAUGGAGGCAGUACGUUCCCCUUCCCUCCUUGCUCCACUGUGAACCGUUACCCAUCCUAUGGUGAGGACUUUUACUCGCUGAAGGACAAUGUCAACCCUGAAGUCUUCGACCCCAACAAUCACACCGCAUUCCCCGAGUAUCCUAUGCGUCGUGAUGUCGUAGUGCUUCCACCCAUGGGAAACCUUGUCAUUCGUUUUGUUGCAAAUAACCCUGGAGUGUGGGCUUUCCAUUGUGAGUACUCCGAGCCAGCGUCAAUCUACAAGCGAAGUGUACUAACUCUCAAUCAGGCCNAUAUUGACUGGCACAUGCAGCAAGGUUUGGCUGCUACAUUCAUCGAAGCACCCCUCGAGAUGCAGAAAAGACUCAGUGUGCCAGACGACCACUUUGCUGCUUGCAAGGCCGCCGACAUGCCUUAUGCAGGAAAUGCGGCUGCCAACACAAAAGAUCUCUUGGACCUGAGCGGCCAGAACAAACCGGCUCGUCCGGUUCCUGCAGGUUUUACGGCUAGGGGCAUUGUGGCUCUGGUUUUCAGCUGCAUCGCAGCAUUUGCAGGUCUGGCGGCAAUCACUUGUGCGAGCGAGCAAGUCUCCAUGGAGCAAAAGGUCGAAGCUUCGGUCGUUCGUACCGGCGACGAGUAA